AUGUGUGAGCAGCAGCAGAUCCCCUGCUGCCUGCCGCUGCCCCAGUGCUGUGUGAAGGGCUCCUAUUUCUACCCUUCCCCGUCCCCCUACGCCAACAGCCAGGUGUUGGUCCAAGCUCCUUGUGAGAUGCAAGUGAUGGAGUGCCCCGCACCCUGCCCGGUUCAAGUAUGCCAGGCUCCGACCACCCUGGGGAAAUGCCAGUCCUCAGGCCAGGCUAAGACCACCCAGGGGAACGGCCAGGCCUCCGGCCAGUCUAUGACAGCCCAAGGGAAGGGCCAGCCUCCAGGCUCCUACGUGCAGUGCCAGGCUGCCGGCGGGACCGGAAUGUCUUACGUGCCAAGUGACGCUGCCGGCGCUCUGCAGACCUGCUACGUGGGAUGCGCUCCGGUUUGUUACACGGAAACGUGCUUCGUGGAAUGCCCAGCUCCGACCUACGUGCCCUACGCAGCUCCUCCGGCGGUCCCCAAUUACGUCACGUACUCCCCGGUGUGCCAGCCUCCAGGGAGGUUUUCCACCCAGGGCCAGUACCAGGGCUGCUGCGGGGCCCAGUACCCGGCCCGGGCGCCCUACAGCAACUGCGUCCCCCGGCGCCAGCCCCCGGCGUCCUGCGACAGCCGCGCACCCCAGCUGCAGUCGGGGGCUUCCUACGGCGGCUGCGGACCCCAGUUCCAGUGCCGCGGCUCCUACGGCCGCUGCGGCCCCCCCGCGCGCAUCCCGGGCGUCCGCCGCUCCCAGAGCGCCAGCAGGUGCCUCCCCCCGCGCCGGCUGCAGCCCCCCUACCGCAGCUGCUCCCCGCCGCGCCGGGCUCCGCCCUGCUUCGGCUGCCCGUCGGGGUCCGAGCCCAACUACUGCACCCCGCCCCGCCGCUCCGAGCCCAUCUACGGCAGCGGCUGCGCGCAGGGCCCCGCGCGGGGCAGCUCUCAGCGGUGCGGACCCAAGUGCCGAAUCGAGAUCUCCUCCCCGUGCUGUCCCAAGCAGGUGCCACCCCGGCGGUGCCCGGCUCAGAUCCCGCCCGUCGGACGCUGCUCGGCGAGCUGCGCGCCGCGGCCCUCCUGGGGCACCUCCUGGGGCACCUCCUGCCCGGAGCUGCGCCCGUGCGCGGGGCCGCGGCCACUCCCCAGCGUCCGCCCCUCCUGGGGUCAGCCGCAGUGCUCGGAGCCGUCGGGGCCGCGAGGGCCGGUGCCCGCGCCCCGCCUGCGCCCCCGCCCGCUGCGGUGCCCGAGCCCGGAGCCCCGCCCGUGCCCGCCGCCCCGGCGCCUGUCGGAGCCCUGCUUGUGCCCGGCCCCGCGGCCAGCCCCGCGGCCGCGGCCUCGCCCCGUCGUGUGCGGACCUGCGGAUCCGUUCCCGCUCCCGGAGCCCUGCGAGCGGCCCUCGCUCCCGGAGCCGGCCCCCUGCCCCAGCCCGGAGCCCUGCGCUGAGCCCCGGCGCUGCUCCAGCCCCUGCUCCGGGCCCCCCGGAGACGCGGGCUGCCGCGAGUCCCAUCCGUGCCACCUGGACAUCGAGGCCCCCAGCUGCGGCUCCGGUGGUUACAGCCAGUGGCAAGAGGGCAAUGCAAGCUUCGGGCCCUGCGAGGAGCUUUCGGAGCCCCGGGGUCCCAGCGGUUGCGGAGACCUAGCGGGCGCGGGUUUCGGAGCCAAAGGCGGAGCCAGUUUCGGAGGGAAGGGCGCCUAUUUCUAA